AUGGCAGACGAAGACAACUUGGGUGCGGAGCUCAAAUCCCCGGAUUAUUCCAAGAGCUCAGUCCAGCAUGAUUCAGCAGAAUUCUCAACUUCCUCUUCCGUGGAGUCGCUGUUACAUAGCUUGAGAGUCAUCAAAACCAAUAAGGAUGACAAGUUUGACAGUAUCAUGAAUGCGCUGGGGGGGUUUGGCACAUUCCAGCAGAGGCUGGUGGCCCUCACCUCCUUCCCCUACAUCCUGUUAGCCUUCUUCACUUUCACUGACAUCUUCACGUUCACAGCCCAGGAGCCCUAUUGCAACACCAGCUGGAUCCUGGCAGUGGGCCCGAACCUGUCAGAGGAGGAACAGCUGAACUUGACCCUGCCCCGGGAUACCAAUGGUAAUUUCAUGCCAUGCCUCAUGUACAUGCCUGUCACCUGGGAUCUGGAUUCUAUCAUCAAGUUUGGCCUCAACUACACACAGUCAUGCUACAAUGGGUGGAUCUAUCCUCACAGCAAGACGCGGUCGAUAAUCAAUGAGUUUGACUUGGUGUGUGAGGAGGAAAUGGCCUCGGACAUCAUGAAGACCAUAUUCCUGGCUGGCCUCAUGAUAGGGUCGAUCUUGUUCGGGUUAAUAGGUGACAGGAUCGGCCGCUACCCCUCCAUCCUGCUGUCGAUCCUGGGAAUGAUCAUCUUCGGCUUUGGGACAGCCUUCGUCAACAGCUUUCAACAGUACUUGUUUUUCCGCUUUGGGACGUUCCAGGCGUCGACGGGCUAUUACAUCAACAGCGUAGCUUUAACUACUGAGUGGCUGACGAAUGAGUACCGGGCCCACUCGGUCAUCCUGAACCAUUGCCUUUUCUCUCUGGGGAUUAUGUUCCUGACGGGGCUGGCCUACAACCUCCCCCACUGGCGGCUGCUGUUCCUGCUGGGCGGGGCCCCCGCGUUCUCCUUCAUCUCCUUCAUCUGGAUCCUCCCAGAGUCCCCUCGGUGGCUGAUGGUGAGAGGGAAGGUGGAGACCGCCAAGCAGGUGCUGUGCUAUGCAGCCAGCGUGAACAAGAAGACGAUUCCUUUAAGGCGCCUGGACAAGCUACAGGUACCUGAAAAGAACAUACGACAUGCCUCAAUCCUGAACUUAUAUAACAAUAAGAACCUGUGCAAGAUAACCUUGGUGACAGGCUAUGUGUGGUUCACAAUCAGUCACAGCUACUUUAUAAUGGGCUUCAGGAUGAAGGAUUUUGGUCUGAGCUUCCACAUCAGCCACAUGAUUCCUCGCCUGAUUGAGGUGCCCGCCCAACUAUGCUCCAUCUUUCUCCUCAAGCUGAUGGGGAGGAAGGGGAGCCUGGUUGUGACCGUCUUCCACAACAUCUUCAUGAACUUGCUGAUGCUUCUCUUCCCCUCAGGUAGGGGUGGCUCCAAACUCAGGUGGUCACGUUGUCUGGCCACAGAGUCAAAACCCUUCAAGGCCUUGAUAGUCCUGCUUGGAAAAUUCAGCCAGGCCAUCUCAGUCGCCGUGUUCUUCAUCUACACUGCCGAGCUCUUCCCUACUGUCCUCAGGUCGACGGGUCUAGGGCUGGUGUUCCUGGCCUGGGUGCCUGGAGGCAUCUUAUCCGUGGCCCUCAUCAGCCAGAACCUCAUCACCAUUUCCAGUUCGCUCUUCUGCAUCUUCACCAUUUGCGCCCUGUUGCUCUGCCUCACGCUUCCAGAAACGUGCGACUGGCCCCUCUCUGACUAUCCGGACGACUGUUCCACUCGGGACAGGGCCACCAAUGGAAGAGCCACUGUGUCCAGUACGGCCUCCCCAGCGCUUCUGGAUACUCUCGCCCACUCUAUGCAGUCCAACUUCUGUUCCAUCCUGUCUGGCUCUUCCGACCCCACCUGGAUCAGCUUGUUCAGUAACAAGAACCAGGAUUUGGUGUCCAAGGAUAUGUCAGUGGGUGAGGAGUCUGAGGAAGUGGCGGAGAACACCAUUCUCAACAAGAUGAUGAACGAGGACCCGGAAGAGACCAAGGACAAACAGGAGGACUGAGGGCCGGGCCCUCGGACGGGCUCGGUUGAGCUGAGUGGCUGGGUAUGUGGCCGUGUGUUCUGGGCUGCAAGUUCUGGGCCUAAUCCAAGCGGGGAGGCAGGUCCGUCCUCAAGAUCCAAAAGCGGCACCUUGGCAGGGAGCUGAGGGGUGAUGCAUUCUAAUAAAGGCGCC